AUGGCCAAGAUUAAGGUCCUGAGACCCUGGCAAGGAGAAGCUGCUGAAACAACGGAGCACCUCAAGGUGGCGCUGUCUCAGCUGCACGUCGCUAAAGCGAUAGGUGGUGAGGCUUCCAGACUCUCCAAGACCCGAGCGGCUAGCAAAUCCACGGCCUGUGUUCCCACUGCCAUUAACCAGACCCAGAAAGAGAACCUCAGGAAAUUCUCUAAGGCCAAGAAGUAUAAAUCCCUGGAUCUGUGCCAUGCACCACCGCUUCAACAAGCAGGAAAGAACCUGAAGACCAAGGAGCAGCACUGGAAGGAGCAGCCGUACCCACCGUGA